AUGCAAGAGAUGGGCAUCAAUGCUGUUCGCACGUACGAGUCCAUAGUUGACAAGAAUGUCCUGGACACCUUGUGGAAAAGAGGAAUUUGGGUGGUGAACAGCGUGUACAACUGGGGUGGUGCAGAUGCUGAUUCAGCGGCUGAGCCUGUGAAGGCUACAAAAGAUCAUCCAGCAAUUUUAAUGUGGACGAUUGGAAAUGAAUGGAACUACAACGGCCUCUAUGUUGGUAGCAGCUUCUUUGACUCUGUUGGCAAGAUCCGAGAUGUGGCAAGGGUCGUGAAGAAGUAUGACAACGGCUUGCAUCCGAUUGCCUCCAUCUAUGGUGACGUGGGUAAGUUGGACCAAGCAGUGGACUCGCUGCCAGAGAUCGACCUUUGGGGUAUCAACGCAUACCGAGGGAUUAGUUUUGGCAACCUCUUCCGUGAUUUCGAAAAAAUCACCGGUAAGCCAAUGUUUUUCGGUGAAUACGGCGCCGAUGCCUUUAAUGCAGACAAGAAUGGAGAAGAUCAGGAAUCGCAGGCGAAGGCUACACGGCAGCUAACAGAAGAGAUCAUCGGUCAGAGUUCUGUUUUGGGUCGUGGACCAUGCAUAGGAGGCUUUAUUUUCGAGUUCAAUGACGAAUGGCACAAAGACAGCGACGGCAAGCCUGAUCGUCAUGAUACUGGGGGCACCGCCCCUGGAGGAGGCCCUUAUCCCGACAUGACUUUCAACGAGGACGGAUGA